GGAGUUAGGCAGCCGAAGGACGGGAAGGGGGAAGGCACACGGGUUUGCCCCCCGCACCGAGACAGGGAGGCGGGAGGCGGCUCCGGGCCCGGUCUGUGGCAGGGUUCCCUGUCCCGCCACCCCACCUCUUUCCAGUGCACCCGCAGCCGGUCCUGGGCCGCGGCACAGCGGGCCCCUCAGCAGACCUGGCCACCCCCGCGGCCUCUGGUCGCCUGCCUGCGGCGGUGCCGUAGUUGCCCUUCCCCGGAGGCUGGACGACAGGAGAUUGUGUUCCUGAUAGAGAGCUUUUUCAGUGUCUGGAGUCUGUGGGUUUUGUACAGAUUUUCUGUUCCAAGAAACCGUUUUUUCGAAACGUGAACUUGUAAUCUGAAGUGUAUGAUUUCUGCUUGUUACGUUAGCCUAUCGCUGUUGCUCUGUGUUUGCCUGCCUUUCAAAUUACACUCCAGGUCCCCACCCGAGGACUCUGCUUUGCCUGUCUCUGUCACCAGCAAAUGAGCAGCUGGUGCGUGGAAGCCAGGCAGACUCGUUUUACAAGUGUGUGCCUAUCUGUCAGCUCGUGUGUUGAACCUACACUCAAGCAAACUCCCUGGGGAGACAGCUGAGAAGAUCUUGAGGAGUAAAGAAUUGAAGCUGGGCAGGUCUGGGGUAGGAAAAUCAGUGAGGAGGAACUUAGUCAUAAGAAUUACAACCACACAAAGUAACCAUCAGUGCUAUCAGGAGUGGCCUCAAACAAACUGUGAACCGGCAGCCCGCAAGCUUCAGGAAAAAACUACCGCAGGGCAAGAGAAGUGGUGUAAUUCAGAAGAUAGAGAUUGGAGACCCACUUGCUUGUAAUUGAACAUGGCAGGGGAUAUAAAAAGAUUCACACGCAUGCUACUGGAAUGCAACAGCAGUGACAAGCUAUGUGUUGUGCGUGAAUAUCAGACUGAAGUGAUUGUUGUCCCAGUUCUCCUUGUGGGUUUUUUUGUCAUCGUGCUAACUGUGAUCCUUUGGCUCCACUGUCGAGGCUUGCGAGCAAAGCAGGAGCAACCAUCAUCAUCAUCUGGACAACAAGUGAAUGACAAGAAUUGGCAGGAAUCCAGCUCAACAGAGAAACGCUAUAUCCAGCUGAGUGAGACAUCUAUGGAGAGCCUGCUACAUUCUGCAUCCUUAACUCUGAAAGAACUGGAGAUACCCCGAGAGAAACUCUCACCAAGCACCUGGCAGCUGAUAAAACAAGGCCGCUAUGGGAGCAUCUACAGAGCACAAUUGGAAACUGGGGACCCUGGGAAGACUAAGACUGUAGUAUUGAAAGCCUUACAAGACCUGACUAGUCCUCAGGAAGUAAAGGAUUUCCUGGGAAGGAUUAAAUUCCAUCAAAAUCUUGGCCAUCAUGAGAACCUGGUUGAAUUGCUUGGAUGCUGUGUAGGCCAGCUCCCACUUUAUAUGAUUAUGGAAGAUGUGUCUCUUGGUGACCUGUUGACAUUUCUAUGGACGUGUCGGAAGGAUGUAAUGACAAUCGAUGGUAUCCCCUAUGAUCUUACUGAGAGGCAAGUGUAUGAAGUUGGACAUCAGGUUGCCGCAGCUCUGGCUUACCUUGAACAGAAGAAGUUGUUCCACGGAGACAUUGCUGCCAGGAAUGUCCUCCUCCAUCACAACUUCACUGCUAAGCUCUGUGGUUUGGGUCUGGCCUAUGAAACUCACACAUAUGGUGCCAACUCAGUCACACAGAUUGUGCCAGUCAAGUGGCAGGCACCAGAGCGGCUCCUGAAGAAACCCCCCAGCAUCAAGGCAGACAUAUGGUCUUUUGGAAUUCUACUGUAUGAGAUGAUUACAUUAGGAGCUCCACCAUAUCCUGAGGUGCCACCUUCUGACAUUUUACCAUACCUGCAGAGACAGAACAUUAUGAAGCAGCCCUCAACCUGCCAGCAAGCCAUGUACAACAUCAUGAAGUCCUGCUGGCAGUGGAGUGCAACUAACCGGCCUUCUCCAGCAGCCCUGAUGCAGUCCCUCCAAACAGCUGUAAAGACAAGCAAUGACCACGCAGUACUGCAGGUGCCUGAGCUGGUGGUGCCUGAACUCUAUGCUAAUGUCGCUGGUGUUCAUGUGCACAGUCUAGUGAGUGAAUACACUGUACUCUGAAGGACCCUUUCACAUGUUGGUAAAGGAGAAGCCUCUGAGUUUGCCCUUUCUAGACACUUUGCAAGCUCAGAAUGAGGUGUGUCUGUUGGAAGGGAUCUCUGUUCUUAAACACAUUAUAUAUAUAUCAGAUCGCCCCUCCAUGCCAGAAGCAACAAACUAUUAUCGUUACUAUUAUUAAAUCAACCUGUUGAUGUCAUUCUGCCAGUGGUCAUUUGGGAGCAAAAUGGGUUUAGGAAGCUCUAGAAAAUGUAAUGAGAAACUUGAGUUAAAGGAAUGUAUUGGGUUUGUGUGACAAGGUUUUGGUAGCAAGGGGGCUACAGGGGUGUCUUCUGGAAGAAGAUACCAGAAGCUUCCCUCACGCCCGAUAGAGCCAGUUCCAGCCGGCUCCAAGACAAACCUGCUGCUGGCCAAAGCUGAGGCCGUCACCGACAUUGGUAGCACCUCUGUGAUAACAUAUUUAAGACGUGUUAAAAAAUACUGCACAACAGCGGCUGGAAGAGAGGAGUGACAAUGUGUGAGAGAAGCAGCCCUGCAGACACCAAGGUCAGUGAAGGAGAGGGAGGAGGCGCUGCAUGUGCUGGAGCAGACAUUCCCCUGCAUCUGCAUGGUGAAGACCAUGGUGAGUCAGGCUGUCCCCCUGCAGCCCAUGGAGGUUAACGGUGGAGCGGAUAUCCGCCUGCAGCCCAUGGAGGACCCCAUGCUGGAGCAGGUGGAUGCACCUGAAGGAGGCUGUGACCCUGUGUGAAGCCCCAUGCCAGAGCAGACUCCUGGCAGAACCUGUGGCGCUGUGGAGAGGACCCCACACUGGAGCAGGUUUGCUGGCAGGACUUGUGAUCCUGUGGGGGACCCACGCUGGAGCAGCCUGCCCCUGAAGGGCUGCACCAUAUGGAAAGGAUGCAUGCUGGAGCAGUUGGUAAACAACUGCAGCCCGUGGGAAGGACCCACCCACUUUGGAAAAGUUCAUGGAAGAGUGUCCCCUGUGGGAGGGACACCACACUGGAGCAAGGGAAGAGUGUGAGGAGGAAGGAGCAGAAGAGAAAACGUGUGAUGAACUGACUGCAACCUCCAUUCCCCUGCACUACUGGAGGGGAGGAGCUAGAGAAAAUCGGGGGUUAAGCUGAGCUGGGGAAGAAGGGAUGUGAGGGAAGGUGUUUUAAGAUUUGUUUUUAUUUCUCAUUAUCCUACUCUGAUUUUGAUUGGCAAUAAAUUAAAUUUAUUUUCCCAAGUCGAGUCUGUUUUGU